AUAGGCUUCAAAAUUAAGCGCACACGGCUAAGCCUUACUAAGAUCGAUCAUAAACUCCAUCUCCCCAGCGCAGAGCUUCAAUUUUAGCGAGUUCGAAAUCUCUACAAAGCCGUUUUAAUUCUUGGAGAUGAUUAUUUUGAUUUGUUUUAGUUGAUUGAGGAGUCUAGUCUCGCUUCAAUUCGUUUUAAUUCACGCAUGGACUCGAUCUGGAAUCAAAGUGGGGCGCCUGACACGUGGCAUUUCUUCAUCGCCGUGUUAUUCGCUCCCGGUUUCGUCGUCGCCAGGUUCUUGCUCGAUAAAUACAUUUUUCGACGGUUGGCCAUCUGGUUGUUGAGUAAGAGAAAUCUCCCAUUGAAGAUGAAUGAAGCUACAAGGGUGAAAGUUGGGAAAAUUUCCGAAUCUAUGUGGAAGUUAACGUACUAUGCUACUGUCGAAUUUUGUAUUCUCAAAAUUGCCUACCAUGAGCCAUGGUUCAGAGAUACAAAAUUGUAUUUCGAUGGCUAUCCAAAUCAAGAGUUGAAGUUUCCUGUAAUGCUUUUCUACAUGUGCCAAUGUGGGUUUUACAUCUACAGCAUUGCUGCCCUCUUGAUGUGGGAAACUCGUAGAAAGGAUUUUUCUGUAAUGAUGUCUCAUCAUGUAAUUACAGUUAUCCUGAUUGGAUACUCAUACCUUUCUAGUUUUUUCCGGAUUGGCACAAUUAUCCUUGCCUUGCAUGAUGCUAGUGAUGUAUUUCUUGAAGCUGCCAAAGUGUUCAAGUAUUCUGAGAAAGAGCUCGGGGCAAGUGUAUUCUUUGGGUUAUUUGCCAUCUCAUGGCUUGUACUACGACUAGUUUUCUUUCCAUUUUGGGUCAUCAAAACUUCAAGCUACGAUCUUAUGAACUACUUGAAGCUAUCAGAGAUUUAUUCCACAGUCCUGUACUAUGUCUUUAAUACAAUGCUACUGAUGCUACUUGUGUUCCACAUAUAUUGGUGGGUUCUCAUAUGCUCAAUGAUUCAAAGACAGCUGAAAAAUAGGGGAAAAGUCGGAGAAGAUAUUAGAUCUGAUUCUGAGGACGACGAUUAGGUGAAAGAUUGAAGAUUUUGUUGUUGCUGAUGAUAUUAGCAGCGAGGAGAGAUUACUAAAUGACUAUUUUGUAGAUUUAGCUAUGUGCUCAAUUGAAUUGAUACGGUGGGUGAAAUGUUUGUUACAGUUUUUGAUUAAUUCUUCUUGGGGUGGAGAGGAGAAAUAGAAGAACCAAUGAUAUAUUGUCUUUUUUUUUUUUUUUUUUUCUGGUGUACAACAUUAGGCAAUUCUUGUAUCAUUCACCCCGAUAAACCCAUGUUUUGAUAUUAGUUUAGUUGUUAUAUUGAGAAAUAGAAAAGAAAGGUAUAAGAUUUCAGUUUUUGUACGGUGUAAUAUUUUUCAAGUUUGAUGAAGUAGAUGAUCAGCUGCGAAUUUGAAUCUUUAGGAGGAAGACGGUGCCGUUUGGGCAUGGGAGGAGGAUCUAUACGCUGCAUUUCAUUAAACACAAGACGAUGUCAUUGCUACGAAUUUUUUUAAGUGCCUAUUCAGUUGUAUUGCAUUGAGUGAUUAAGUGUAAGGAGAGUCGAUGUUCAGAUAUUGUUUAAAAGGGUGGAGACCUGGAUUGGACAAUUUUGCAUGUAUAACAAUGUCAUUGUUCUUUCUU